AGGCGGCGACAGGAAUGGGGCCAAGAUUUGUGCAAGCUCUCCGAAGACUAGCUGCAUUCGAUCUCGCUCGUCGCCAACCUUGUCCCGCUCUUUCUCCUCCUCCUCCUCCUCCUCAUGGAUCUCUGUGGUGCCAGGGAAAUCUUAGAUUGGUGCAGCUCUACACCACCGCUACCACUUCAUCGCCAUCGCCAGCGCCAGCGCCAGCGCCAGUAUGGGCGGAUUCAUCCACCAAUUCACACAAUGCACAUCAUCGCGAAGCUGUGCCGCCACCAUCGCAUGCGGCUACUGGCCUUGAUCACAGGACCAUGAUCUAUUGCAACCGGGCACUCAACAUGAGGAGCAUCUCGGCAGUGGGAUUUGAUCUCGACUACACGCUUGCGCAGUACAGGCCAGAGACUUUUGAGCUGCUCGCAUACCAAGCCACUGCCAAGAAGCUCGUCUACAAUCUCGGCUACCCCCGCCAGAUAUUGGACUGGAAGUUCGAUUGGAAGUACAUGGUGAGAGGCUUGGUGCUUGACAAACGUCGUGGAAACAUUCUCAAGAUGGAUCGCCACAAGUAUGUCAAGGUUGCUUAUCAUGGAUUCCAGGAGCUGUCCAGAGAAGAGCGGACGGCAGCUUACGGGAAUACGCUCUCCCGUGACUCUUAUGAUGAGCCUGAUUAUGCGCUUAUCGACACCUUGUUCUCCUUGGCAGAGGCGCAUCUCUUUGCUCAGCUUGUUGAGCUCAAAGACACUGAUCCAGAACUUUUUCCGUCUCAGCCAGAGUACUAUACUUGUUUUCUUGACAACUAUAUGCAAAUUUUGUUGUUUCCUUCGUGCAGGGUCUAUUGUGAGAACGAUGUUCCUGUAGUUCCCACAUAUGCUGAAAUCUACAAAGAUGUUCGUGCCGCGGUCGACUUGUGCCACAGGGAUGGUACGUUGAAGCAAGCGGUCGCUGAUGAUCCUUCCAAAUACAUAUAUGCUGAUGAGCAGCUAAUCUCAAUGCUUAAAAUGCUGCGCGAGUCUGGCCGCUUGACAUUCUUGGUCACCAACAGUUUGUGGGAUUAUACGCAUGUUGUGAUGAACUUCCUCUUCUCCGCCGACAAGAACUGGCUCGAUUACUUCGACCUUGUCAUUACGGGCAGUGCCAAGCCGUCCUUUUUCAUGGAUGGCAAUCAGGCGCCUCUGUUUGCUGUAGAUGUUAAGACAGGUAUGCUUCACAACACGGAUAAUGGCACACCAGUUCCUCAGAUUGGGCUGAUCCCGCUCUCUACAACAAGACAAGCCUCGAAAGUAUACCAGGGAGGAACAGUGUCACACCUACACAAGCUGCUUGCGAUUGAUGCCGGCGCUCAGGUGUUGUAUUGUGGAGAUCAUAUAUAUGGCGACAUCCUCCGCAGCAAAAAGCAACUUGGUUGGCGUACAAUGCUCGUCGUACCCGAGCUUGACCGGGAAGUUGAGCUCUUACAAUCGUCCAGAGCGGUUCAAAAGGAAAUUCAAAGACUUCGCCAUAGCCGUGAGGAGAUCGAAGAUGAGUUACAGAAGCUGGAGUGGACCUUGAAGUAUUUUAAAGGAACCAAGGAGGAGGAGGGCCCUUUGCAAGAAAAGCGAGAAGCAUUGCAGAGGGAAAGAGAUGAAGUCCAAAAGAGCCAUCGGACCAUGCAACGCAAAUUUCAUGAGCAGUUUCAUAAAACAUGGGGACAGCUUAUGAAAGCUGGGCAUCAAACCUCUCGAUUUGCCCAUCAGGUCGAGAGAUUUGCUUGUCUCUACACAAGCCAGGUGACAAACUUGAGCUGCUACUCUCCAGAAAAAUGCUUUAGGACGGCAGAAGAUUUCAUGCCACACGAGCUGCGAGGUAGCGUCGUUUUUGUAACAAAAAUCUUUGCAUACGAUCAAUCACCCCACUUUAAUGACAGAUGAAUUCACUGGCCAGCUUAUUAACCUUGAAUGUACAAGAUGAAAACUCUACAAAAUUGGUAGUCUCACCUUGUCAAAGAGAUGCACGAAUCUCAUGGAGAGAGUCUCCUCGAGAGAUGCGCGCUCGUUUUCAAUGCCCGGACCCAUAAACAUGUCGUUUACUGCAAAAACCUCCAGUAGUGCCAGUGCAAGUCACUCCUGGCUGCACGCAUCCACAACAAGACUGAUGAAUUGAAUAAAAGGAAAUGAUCAA